ACAUCGUAAACCGAAACAGGCGUUAUAAAUUGGGAGGGAGGUAGUAGAUAUUAUCUUGGUCUCCAAAACUUUUCCUUUUAGUUAUACUCUUAAUUCUUAAACCCUAAANCCCCCCCCCCCCCCCCCCCCAACUCACCGUCCCGGCUUCCCAUACUCUGACCGGAAUUUGAAUCGAAUUGGAAAUGAAAUGAAGGCGGCGACGAUGAAUCGGAGAUUCGCAACAGUAUGGUCCCGUUUGAUUCACAAUCAGCUCCGACCAAUUAUCACACCGCCGUCUCCGGCGGCGGGGACAUCCAAUCCAGCGGUUGUUCUGCGGCCUCCGUUUCUGUCUCAGUCGCAUUUUCCGCCCGCUCCACGCUUCUUCUCGUCUGCAUCGUAUCGUGACAGGCAGUGGCAGGGGAAGUUUGAAGACUCUCUGUUCCAGGAACGGAGGGAUUUGCUUAAGGAGAAGGAGGAGAGGUUGAAGCAGGGGCUGGACACGGCCGACCUAGAUGCUCGUGUCGCGGAGCUCGACAAGCGCGAGGAGAGUCUGAAGAAGUCCGCCCCCUCGUACGGAGAACCUACUGACUCUGAUUCGGAUGAUGACGAUGAACAAUGGGGUUCUGAAGCCCUGGAGAGACGGUGGGUUGUGUUCGAGAAGAAGUUUGAGCACCAUGAACGGCUCCUUAAAAAUUUCACUGCUGCUAAGACUCUUGAUGAAGCACACAAAUGGAUGCAUAGAAUUGAUAAGUUUGAGGAGAAGCACUUCCCUCUCAAACCAGAGUACCGUGUGAUUGGUGAGCUUAUGAACCGGUUGAAAGUUGCUGAGGGUAAGGAAAAAUUUCUCCUUCAAGUGAAGAUAAACCGGGCACUUAGGAUGGUGAGAUGGAAGGAAGCCUAUGAUCCAAAUGAUCCGGCCAAUUAUGGAGUCAUUCAACGUCAGGUGGUUGGGUCCUCUGUUGAUGCUUCUGAGCGUGCUGAGUUUGAUGAGGAAGAGAAGACGACUAAAGGAGCAAAGAAUGACAGUGACAAUGAGUUAGAGUUUGAUGACAUGAAAGAAAGGGAUGAUAUACUGUUGGAGAAGCUAAAUGCAAUUGAUAAGAAACUUGAAGAAAAGCUGGCAGAACUUGAACACACCUUUGGGAGGAAGGGGAAGCAGCUCGAGGAGCAAAUUAGAGAUCUUGCUGAUGAGAGGAACUCAUUGACCGAGAAGAAGAGAAGGCCUCUUUACCGGAAAGGAUUUGAUGUGAAACCAAUUUGUAUCAAUAGGACAUCUAAGGUUACAAAGGGAGGAAGAAUUGCAAGGUACACUGCUCUCCUAGCAUGUGGGAACUAUAAUGGUGUCAUUGGUUUUGCAAAAGCAAAGGGUCCAGCAGCUCCAAUUGCCAUUCAAAAGGCAUAUGAGAAAUGCUUUCAGAAUCUCCAUUAUAUUGAGCGGCAUGAAGAACAUACCAUUGCACAUGCAGUUCAAACAAACUAUAAAAAUACUAAGGUAUAUCUCUGGCCGGCACCUACUCAAACAGGAAUGAAAGCAGGCAGAACUGUUCAAACAAUCCUAAAUUUAGCUGGUUUCAAGAAUUUGAAAUCCAAGGUUAUUGGCUCGAGAAAUCCUCAUAACACAGUUAAGGCCAUAUUCAAAGCUCUAAACGCUAUUGAGACACCAAAGGAUGUCCAAGAAAAGUUCGGCCGAACUGUCGUUGAGUCGUACCUACUACAAUAGUUGGGGACGAAGCAAAACAAGGGUUGUGUGUUCUUUUUGCCAAAAUCUUUAUAUUCAGCUGGAAGCAAACACAUAUGGCAUUGGCAUAUGUUCAUUUUUUGAAUGCAUUUGUUAACGAUAAUAAUCUAUAGAUGUGUGCUUUUUCAAUUGCCAAUGUCAAUUUGGUCUUUUUAUUCCUUUGGCUAGGUAGUUGUGGCAUUAGCUGUUUUGGGAGUUCUUAAGAUACAAUUUCCCAACCACUCUUUUGUUCUCGCUUUGUUUUAUUUGACUUUUUAUGAUCUCUAAUGCGAUAACUUGAUCAUUAA